AUGUCUUUGCUAGCAUUUAACACGGUCGAUCGGCUAGAUCGCCCUAGCGCAUAUUAUGCCGGCAAGAAUAAGCGUCGCAGAUAUAAUGAGCGUGAUGAAGAGCGAGAACGAGAAGAAGAAUCUACAUCGAAACUGAACAAUGCGACAACCCUCUACGUGGGUAACUUGUCGUUCUAUACAACAGAGGAACAAAUCCACGAACUUUUCUCGAAGUGCGGCGAAAUCAAGCGGUUGGUGAUGGGCCUUGACCGAUUCAACAAGACGCCCUGCGGUUUCUGUUUCGUCGAAUAUUAUACCCACCAAGACGCUCUAGAUUGCUUGAAAUAUGUCGGCGGUACCAAGCUGGAUGAGCGUAUUAUUCGCACUGACCUGGAUCCCGGAUUUGAAGAGGGUCGGCAAUAUGGACGUGGUAAAUCGGGUGGUCAAGUUCGUGACGAGUACCGUGAAGAGUAUGAUCCUGGUCGAGGUGGGUAUGGCCGUGCCAACGAUGAGCAGCGCCAACGUGAAGAGGACGAAUAUGGUGCAGGACGGUAG